AUGGCAAAGCUGAGCAAUUUGGACCUCAUAGAUCAGGUAGACUCGUACCCGUACGAAUGGGAUACGGCGCGAUAUGCCGAGAUGCAUGGACCUAUGUACACUCUGAUCUGGAGAGAUGACGAGGGCGAUGUGCCCUUGGGAUUCGUGCUGCCACGCGUGGUGGAAAAGCUGGUUGAAGCGCCAGCUAGUGUGAAGGGUGAGGUACAAAUUGACCCCAUAAAACGCACUAUUUCCGCCUUUCAGACGUCCACGCCGGAAAGUCGCAGCAAGCUGGCAGCCGACCUUUCCAAUUACUGGAGACGCAAUGACGUUUUCCCCAUCCUCCGAGGUUGGCGUGAUGAACUAUGGCCCAUUUACGGCCGCCAUGGUGAUCUGCUAUUCAAUAUGGAAAGGGCUGCCUCCGGACUCUUCGGCGUCAUGAGGUACGGCGUUCACCUGACGGCGUUUGUACGCUGCCCGUCUGCUAGUCACGGCAUCAAGCUUUGGGUCCCGCGUCGCUCCCCAACCAAGUCUACGUUUCCUGGAAUGUUGGACAACACAGUCGCAGGAGGCUUGAUGACAGGCGAGGACCCAUUUGAGUGCGUGAUUCGUGAGGCGGACGAGGAGGCCAGUUUGCCUGAUUCAAUUGUACGCAGUCGGGCGAAGCAUGUAGGCGGUGUCACAUACAUUUACAUCACCGAAGCAGAAGCUGGGGAAGAAGGGCUCAUCUAUCCCGAGGUCCAGUGGAUUUACGAUCUCGAGCUACCCGAAGAUGUUUCGCCGCAGCCCAAGGAUGGCGAAGUCGCCGAGUUUAGCCUAUGUACCGUGGAAGAAGUACAGCAGGGAUUGGCGCAAGGAGAAUUCAAACCCAACUGUGCCCUGGUAGUCCUGGAUUUCUUCAUCCGUCACGGGAUUUUGACCAAACACAAUGAACCCGAAUACGACCACAUUCUGCGGCGAAUUCACCGAAGACUACCUUUCCCAGGACCUCACAAUAGCGACCCCUCCCUUGGGGCCAUCGAUGGCUAA